AUGUUGGUUGCCUUUGGUGAUGAAAUCAUCAAGCCGUUAGAUCCUGAAUUUAAUGGGGUUGCACCUGAGAUAGAAAGGGACAGAAGAUAUAUGCCGCAUUUUAAGGAUUGCAUUGGUGCUAUUGAUGGAGUGCACAUUCCAGCUUUUAUAUCUGCUGAAGAGGCAGUACCAUUUUAUAAUAGAAAAGGAGUACCAACCCAAAAUGUUAUGGCGGCCUGUAAUUUUGAUAUGCAAUUUAUAUUUGUAUGUGCCGGUUGGGAAGGAUCUGCUCACGAUACAAGGGUGUUCCAAUCAGUUAUUCGAAAUCCUGAUAUAAAUUUUCCAAUGCCUCCACCAGGAAAAUACUAUGUGGUAGAUUCGGGGUACCCACAAAUGAAUGGAUUUCUAGGACCUUAUAGAGGACCAAAACAACAUUUUCAACAAUACCGCAGGCAAGAGCCAAGAAAUGCGAAAGAGGUAUUUAAUCAAGCACACUCUUCUCUUAGAGGCGUCAUAGAACGCACAUUUGGAGUUUGGAAAAAGAAAUGGAAGGUUUUAAGAAAUAUGCAAGGUUAUUCAUUUCCAAAGCAAGUGAAGAUCGUGAUUGCAACUAUGACACUUCAUAAUUAUAUUCGGAGAUAUGGAAAUCGUGAUAGACAUUUUAUCCGUAUUGGAGAAAGAUCCGAUGACAUGGCACAUGACAUAGAGAUGAACGAUGAUGCCGAAGAAGAACAUCAUGCUCAUGGUGGUGUACAAGAAAUUGAAAGGAUAAAAAAUAGCAUCACCCAAAGCUUAAUGAGUGCCCGUAAUGCUGGUUAA